AACAAAAGUUAUCACUCUAAUAAUUAUCAGUUGUAUAUACUGUACUUUAAUUAUCUUUGCGUUUGUGACGUUAGCAAGACGAUAUACUUACUACUUUGAGUUAAGCAUAUUGAUAUAUUAAAUUCAAUCUCUCACUGCAACAGCAUCGUAGCUGCUGUAAUAAAAUGUAGCAUACUAUUAUUUGCCAAGCGUCAAUACUGGUCUAGGUCGACGUAAACGUCAAAAUAUAAUAUACUAAACUAAGAACGAAUAUCAUUCGUGCAUUUGUAUAUUUUAACUCUGUGCUGUGAAAUGAUCGGUUAUUCAUUGAGUAGUUGAUCAGUGGUCAGGUACCGAUCACCAUUAGCAACUGAAUCAAGCAAACCACAAAAUGAUGGAACAAGAAAUCAACAUUGUAGAAGAAAUAGAAUACAGGGUGAGCUCUCCUGAAGGAAAUAACCUUCGUCAUCGUAUUCCAUGGAGCGAUAGAAUAUCUUUGAGCAGUGAUGUACCAGGUCUACAUGAAGUUAAAGAACUACUAGAGGAUGAUGACACUAGCUGUCUGGCAGAUGAGGAAGAGGAUGGUGUUGGCUGUCCACUGCCAUCAACUCCAGAAGAUGACCGACUUUUGGAUUGCGAGAUGACUGAAGUACUAAAAGCUGGAGUCUUGAGUGAUGAAAUAGAUCUUGGGGCUUUAGCUCAUAAUGCUGCAGAGCAAGCAGAAGAGUUUGUUAGAAAGGUUUGGGAAGCAUCUUGGAAACAAUGUCAUUUUAGAAAUUUGCCUAAAUGGUUACAAGACAAUGAUUUUCUACAUGCUGGACAUAGGCCACCAUUACCUUCGUUUUAUGCAUGUUUUAAAAGUAUUUUUCGAAUUCAUACUGAAACUGGUAAUAUUUGGACACAUUUAUUAGGAUGUGUGGCAUUCAUAGGAAUAGCAAUUUACUUCCUGACUCAGUCUCCAAUGGAUAUAAGAUGGGAAGAAAAACUGGUUUUUGGUCUCUUCUUUGGUGGUGCAAUUAUUUGUCUAGGCAUGUCUUUUGCAUUCCACACGCUCCAUUGUCAUAGCGAGUGUGUAGGAAAGCUAUUUUCCAAACUAGAUUAUUGUGGCAUAGCUAUGCUGAUAAUGGGAAGUUUUGUGCCAUGGCUAUAUUACGGAUUUUACUGCGAUUUCCAACCUAAACUGAUUUACUUAUCAGUAGUAGUAGUGCUUGGAAUAACAAGUAUUAUUGUCUCUCUGUGGGAAAAGUUUGGUGAACCAAAAUAUAGACCACUGAGAGCUGGAGUUUUUGCUGGUUUUGGUCUUAGUGGGAUAGUGCCUGCUGUACACUAUGCAGUUUCAGAAGGAUGGUUCAAAGCUCUGAGCCACGCUUCAUUAGGAUGGUUAAUUUUAAUGGGCUGUUUGUAUAUAUUAGGGGCUGUGUUUUACGCUUUACGUGUUCCUGAACGAUUUUUCCCUGGAAAAUUCGAUAUUUGGUUCCAAAGUCACCAAAUCUUCCACGUGUUUGUCAUUGCAGCUGCUUUUGUGCACUAUCAUGGAAUAACAGAAAUGGCGAUGCAUAGAAUGAGUAUUGGUGAUUGUGCUGUUCCAUCACAAAUGAUGGCUUUUUAAGAAAAUCUUAAAAUAUAUUAAAAGAGGUGAGUCCCUAAAAGGCUUUUUUGCAUUACAGUUUGUUUUAUUUAGAUUUUGUGGCUAAAACUUUUUCUAUUUGUACGAACUACUUGACCAUUGCACGCCACUUUUCUUUCAAAUUAACUACAUUUUUAGGAAGACCACUUUUAUGAGUAUUUUGUAGUUUUUUAUUACUCAAGAAUACCGAAGUAUAUUAUUUUUCAAUAACUAUCGUGUAUUACUUGGUGUUUAAAAGUUAUGUAUGCAUUAAUCACGAUUGUAAUGGUAAUUUAUAUAUAUAUUUAACAUAUUUACAACAAACAGGUGCAAAAUAAGUCUAAUAGAAACUCAUCUUUUUUUAUGGGGGAAAAAAAAGAAUUUUUUAUUUUUGUGUGAGUUGAAAUUAGAAGAAAUAAAAUGAUCGAAAUGUUCCAGUUGAAUUUUUCUGAUCAGUUACUUGUUAAAUAAUAUUUUGGAUAGCUAUUCUUACGAUCUUUACUGUGCUGAAGUUUAUUCUUCACCAAGUGAUAGUAUAAUUAUUUUUGUCUGUUAAUUUUAGCCUAUAAUCAUAAAACAUUUUAUUCAUGAGCUAUUUUUUGACUAAGUUAAAUCUUCAAUUUUGCAUCUAAGUAUGAAAGACUACAACGCACGAUUCGAUAAAACAAAUAUUUACUUAUACUUCAAAGUACUUUAAACACAUUCUGUAUUUUACUCUGGUUAAGGGCUAUCCUCUGUGUAACCUCUGCAAUCUCAAAAACAUGAUUUAUCAAAAAUGGAGAACCAAUUUUGUAACGCUUAUAAUAUUAUGACAAAAAGACAAAGAAUAAGUGUAGAAAUUUUUCAUUGCUAAUUUUUUAAGCUGUACUCUUUAGUUUUUAUGAAUAUGAGUAGUUAGCACUCCAGCUUCAAUAGUUUCGAAAAAUCAGAACCGUUGCAGCCCUGUUUGCAAAUCAAAGACCAGAGAAAAGAGAAUAAAACGGCGCAUUUCUUGAACGAACCUUUGUAUCUUUUUCUACAAAUUUGUAUUCACUGAAAAAAAAAAUUUUAACAGUACUGUAUCUUCGUUGAAAGAAAAACGUGACUUGUAUUAUGUGUUGCGAAAAUUUUCAACCAAUUACUACAGCGCAAACCAAAAAUACAAUUGCAUCUUAAUAACAUCAAAUCAAUACUUUUCACUAACUCCAUCAGGAACUAUUUUUAAUCAAAAUAAGUUUAAAAAAUGAGGCAAAAAAGUUUAGCGGAAUGCUAUAUAACAGUUUAUUUUACAGAAAUAUAUUGUACAUAUUAAAUAUGUUCUUGUAAUUGAAAUUGAUUCGAUUUAUUCUAUAGCAUUUUUUGUAUAGUUUCGUUUGUCUUGGAGAGGCUUGCACGGCGAAAUAUGGACCAAAAUUUUUAAGAAAUCCUGAAUUAUGCACUCUAAAUGAGGUCUCAUUUUUUACUUAUUUCAAUUGAAAAUGGUAAUGAAAUUUCUUUUCGCGUAAACGAUGAAUUAUUAUUUUAUUACGAAAAAAAUCCGAUGUUAUCUAUAAAGUGCUAUUAAACUUUUUACACAAUAAAGUGGAAUGUUGUUAAAAAUA